CUGCUAUCAGCAUUCUAAACACAAAUUGAUUGACGUCUUAUUUCACCGGCCAUCGGGCGAUAGGACCCAGUACAUGUUAGCGAGAGGCGCCUAGCCGGGAAGCGGACACCGUGAGACAGAUACGAACAAAGGAAGGAUUUGAAUUGAAAUGAUGGUGAAUGAAAUCCAAAGAGGAGAACAUAGGGAUUAAACAACAAAAAAACCCCGAGAGCUACGGACAAGCGAGAGGGGGAGAGAAGACAGACAACAGGGAAAAACGAAAACUGCCAAGAAGAAAAAAUAUUAUUCAGUUUAAAAACACAGGGAUUUUAAAAACACUUCUUGUGAUAAUAAGUAUUAUUAUUAUAGUUAUUUCAAACAGUCACUCAAAAGCUAAACAGCUUGUUUGCUUUUUUAUUUAUUUUUUAAUUAUAAUUACACACAGAAAAGGGUUUUUUUAGUGGGUAGUGAAAGAUGUAGGUAGAAAACAAAGGUAAAUUAAAUUAUAAUGGACUGGUGUGGAUUUAUAUGUUAGGGUUGGUUCUUUCACAGCGCACGGGAAACCACUUUAAGGAGACAGCACGGGUCGCCGAGUCAGUCUGAGUGAAUGACAAAGUACUGCAACUAUUGUACACAGAGAAAGCCCGUUUCCGAAUUAGCAUUAACCCCAAUGAGUUCAGUUGGAGCGUCGUAGCGUUAACAGCGAACAGACAACCAACAACCAACCAACACCACAAGACUGACUGUUCGAGACUCCAAGAAAAAUAAAAAAGGUUGAAACCAGUAAAAAACACUUCUCUGCAUUGGAACAAGUUGCUUAUACAGUUUACAAAAUAAUAAUAAAUACAAAAAAAUAUAUAUUGUAAUAGCACAGUGUUCUGCAGACAACUGUAUCGUUUAAGCUGAAGAUGUAUUUUAACCGGAAAGAAAGCAUUGAUUGAGAGUAAAAUAGGCUAGUGAUAUAAUUCUUGUAAAUAUUGCACAGAAUUAAAAUCAACGGAAUGAACAGCAGCAAAACGAAGAAUGUGUAGACUAUUGAAAUGAACUUUUACAAAUGUACAUUUAAUGAAAAUAAUAACUGUCGCAGUUCGGAGCAGUGUGACCUGCCAUAUCACAACUAUACAGGUGUCAUUGGGUCCACAAGUGAUUUGCUAUUUAUUUAAACCAUCCCUGAGACGGAAAGAUAAGGGGAGCGCAGCGAGUCUUGUAGCCGGAAAACAGUGCCUCGGCGCCGGGAGUGGAUGCAGGACCAUGCGGGAGAAAGACAGCACGCCAAUAGUGCGAAGAUGAGCCAGUCCCCGGCUAGAGGGUCUUCCCCAGGUAAAGUGAGGUGCUGUGGGGUGCCUGUCGAGGACUUUCAGGCCCUGGCCAUUAACUCCAUCUCUGCAGGCGACAUUCACAAGCACUAUGAGCCUAUCCGUGAGCUGGGAAAGGGCACCUAUGGCAAGGUGGACCUGGUGGCACACCGUACUCAAGGUACGAAGUUGGCUCUGAAGUAUGUGAAUAAGAGCAAAACAAAGUUGAAGAGUUUCCUGCGGGAAUACAGCAUCACUAGCAGCCUGGGCGCGAGCCCCUUUAUCAUCAAGGUGCUGGAUGUGCUCUUUGAGACUGAGGACUGCUACGUCUUCGGGCAGGAGUAUGCACCUGCUGGGGAUCUCUUUGACAUCAUCCCUCCACAGGUGGGGCUGCCAGAGGAGAUGGUGAAGCGCUGUAUGCAACAACUGGGCCUGGCUCUGGACUUCCUGCACUGCAAGAGCUUGGUGCACCGUGACGUCAAACCAGAGAAUGUACUGCUGUUCGACCAUGAGUGCCGGCGAGUCAAGCUGGCCGACUUUGGAAUGACCAGGCGAGUGGGCUGCAGGGUGAAGCGCAUCAGCGGGACCAUUCCUUACACCGCACCUGAAGUGUGCCAAGCCAGCCGGACAGAGGGCUUUGUCGUGGAUUGCAGCCUAGACGUCUGGGCCUUCGGGGUUCUCAUCUUCUGCAUGCUGACUGGCAAUUUCCCAUGGGAGGCGGCUCUGCCCUCCGACGCCUUUUACGAAGAGUUCUGCCGCUGGCAGCGGGGAUCCUUCCGGCCGGGCACCUUCCCCUCGCAGUGGCGUCGAUUCACGGAUGACGCCCUACGCAUGUUCCAACGGCUCUUGGCAGUGGAGUUGGAGAAGCGGUGUGCCGUGAAAGACGUCUUCUUCUUCAUCAAGUAUGAGCUGAUGUGUGAGCUCCGGCGCAGACCCUCCUGCCGGGGGAGGAAAGGUGAGCGGGGGAGCAAUAGCCGCUCCAGAACCGGGCACAGACACUCCGAAGCCUCAGGCAGCGGUCACUCCUCCUCAUCAUCCUCCUCCUCCGCCUGCCUCCACCCGACACCCCUCAAACGAAGUGGGGUUCACUCCGACGGACACUCCUCCAGACUGGGUUCUGAGUCUGGCCUGUCUGGCCCUUCUGGUCGGCAGGAAAAGGGAAAAGGGCAGCUGGUGAUGGCCACUGCUAUUGAAAUCUGUGUCUGACCCCAAGGCUAGGGUCUGUGUAUGUGUGAGUGUGUGUGUGCUGAGCAAGGAGCGAACUGUAAAUAGGAAAUAAGAGCACCAUCUUCAGGGACGGUUACAGGGUAUUGUGGUGUUGGCAUCUAGGACAGUUGAUGACAUUCUAGGAGUAUCUCUACAUAAACCAAUAAUACCUAUUUCAAAUUCUCGGAUUAUAAACCAUUGCCUCGCUUCUUACCGGAUUUUAGAAAAUAGACUUCAGGGUAUUGACGCUUAGGUAUUUGUUACAUAAAGCUUUUUUUGGACUAAUAUGGACCAUUGCCAGAGUCAUUCCAUAGCAAAAUGGACUUGAUAUCUCUCUCGAUGACAGUACAUUUCUGUUACUGAGCUCAGCCUGAAUAAAGGUCUUGUAUUCAAGAUUUACUGAUUUUCACACACUCUCAGUGACAUGAAUACUGUGGAAUGCCUGCUGUAGAAGACACAAAGCACCAAGAAUAUGCUUUAUAUGUACACCAAGUAGUUCUGGGUGUUUACUCUUUCCUUUCAGUGCUUUUUGCCCUUGGUUUUUCUGUUCUUCUGUGUCGAGCUCAGUAGCUGUUCCACUGGCACAAAGAGUGGUGCCACACUGACUUCCUUGGUUCCUGUUCCCUUGGAAACCAAGGGACGAAUGAGACUGAAUAAGUAACUGAAGGGGACAAUAUGUGUUACUGUGCUAGCCUUUCACUUGGCUUGGGUUCUGAUCCGUUUGUGUUUUUUUGGUGCUUUAGUGAGCAGUAGUCAACACAGCAAAACCAGUACACAAUUUAGCACAAUUGGCUCCUGCUCCAUAGCCCACAAAUAUACUGGUCCCUCCCAUGUGGAGUAACAGCAUUGCUACUGCGUGUGUUGUCCUCUUGGAACUAUUAAGUACUAAACAAGUUUUUAGUUUCCACCGCAAAUUUUCUCAUGAGCACAAAAACAAAAUCCCUACAAAAAACAUGAAAUCUGAGAACAAGUACAGCUUCACCGGGCUUCAGUUUAAACCAACGUCACUGCAGUAUCAACUGCCAGACCUGGUUAGUUAAGUGUCUGAAGUCUUGAAGUUCUCAACUACGUCAGCAGCUCAUAUUUACUAAAAAACAAACUUCUUAAUACUUACAAACUGCUUAGCUUGUUUUCAAGAGUGACAGAAAUCCAGAGACUGCGCUCUGUCUGUAGAGGAUGCAGAGGUGUAGAGACUCUCCUGGGGUGCUGGGACCUACUGCACUGAAGAACUGCCUUCUCAAGCAAACUGACUUCAGGGUGAUGCCCUGUCCCUUCUUUGGAAAGAACUGUUAGCAGCUGGUUAUGUAAAGACUUUUUUGUUGACUAAGAAGUGGCAAUAAAAACAAAGAAGAAGCAGUAGAUAAUACUUGUAAAACUGUUGUCAACAUCCCCACUGCACAUCCUUGCUGUUCAUUCAAAAACCUCCCAGUUCAUAGUGUCUGGGUAGCACAGACAGCAGGCUAAGUCGCUAGCCUUUUUCAUCGGUUUUAAUUCAGGUGCUGAGGCUCAAGUGGAAUAAGUUGGUGGUCUUCUUCUCUAGUCUGCAUCACAAAAACACCACACAAUUUGGGAUGAUUCAGAACAAUGUUUCAUAUUCUGUUCUCAGAUAUUACACAGUCAAGAAAGAGAGGUGCAUUAUUUGUGUAUAUUUGAGUCCCAUAUUGGAGUCCCACUCAUGUCAGUUUCAAUGGACUGAGCCAACGUUAUGCAAACCUCUUAGUUAUGUUUAUGAAACUGGAGUAGUAAAUCUUUUACUUGGGCCCCUGACAUGGGGAUUCCACUUAUAGUAAAACCUGUCAUUCUUGAAACGAGAGGUACCAUUUAUUUUUCUGUCUAAAGAGAAUUUGAAGGAGCAGCCAUGCCAUGCAGCUCUUUCUGUGUGGAUAAGCGUUGCAGACAGAACUCAGUGACAGUGUGAAGUGACCUUAGAAUCUCGCCACUCGGGCGAAUCUCACACCAACUCAACUUUCAAAAGAAAAAGAAAAAAGAAAAGAAAAAAAAUACUGCAGGGAACAGAAACUGUAUAAUCUUUUAAAGUAAGUUAGUAUAGAGUGGUUAUUAAGUCUGUAGAGCAAUGAAACAAGUGGAGACACCAAAUCAUGGACAACAAGGCUAGCACUACCACCACAAGCCUAAAAUGGUCACCAUUGGCCUCAAGCGAUUGCAUCUUUGAAGGAGAAUGAAGGAAUUCCAAUUUCCACACUUCUUGAUGGAUGAUGUCCUUUAUUUUGGUUGCAAAUAUAUAUCUGUUUCAAAGCAGAAGUCCAAGCAGACUUUAUAACCACCCUUUAGAAAAAUAAGCCUAGGCAAAUGUACUUUUUGUGACCAAUUGUACUGUAGUAUGCAAACAAAAAAGCAAAAGUUCAUGGAAAGAGAGAGGGGGGUGGUGCUGCAGAGCAAGCAAGGACUCUUUAUAGACCUGAACUGAAAGUGUUUAGUGGGUUAGGCUAUUUUAAGUUUUUGUGUUCUGUAGAAUAAAAGCAGGGUUUGUUGUUAGAAAAUGUCUGUAGCACAUUAUAAUAAAAAUAUAGAAAAUACAUUUAAAAAACCAACUGAAAGAAGUCACUAGGCUCUUUAGAAUAGGUCUAUAGCUGCCCAGUGGGCCAGGAACAGGUGGACAGCUGUUUAAGUAGAACAGGGUGGCUCCCUGUUUGGCAGGGAAGAAGUUCAUAUUGCAAUAUAGAAUAUUUACUGAUACAUUCUCAUGAAAUUACGUUAAUUCAGUAUAACACUGUGUAUCAAGCCUGAACAUAUAUUAAAUAUUUUCUGAGACUAUACACACUGUUCUGUACACUGCAUUCCAUUGCUGAACAGUACUGUCUAGAAAUUGUUAACAGUACUGUAUAUUUGCGCUAUGCAUUUAUUCUAGAUAUUCAUCCAUUAUUGUCAAGCUUCUUAGGACAGACUAUACACUGAUGUCCUGUAACAGAUAUUUGAAUGCAUGCACUCCCUUAUAAAAAUUUUCCACAGUAACAGCAAAGUGUAGUAAAGCCUAGUAAAAGCAUGGUAAAGCAUAGGUUAGCACUGUAAAGUCCAGAGAGGUAUAGUAAAGUAUAUUACUAUGAUAAGUACAUAGUAUAAUCAUGCGAAAAGGAGGAACAGUGUAAAAUUACCGUGCAUAUUUACCAUGGUAAACUGUUAGGGCUGUGCACUUUAUUGAUGUCUGUCUCGUGUCAUUCAGACAUGUCUCUGUGUGUGACUGAUGAUUGAGGGAGUGGUGUACUUUAAAUAUACUGCAGAGCAUUGUACUGUACAUCUAUUCAGGUUUCCACAUUGUAUGCACUUGCCACACACCUGGCCUGCUCUUGGGGUCUUAUUUUUUUGUUUCGGGGAAAAAAAAAAAAAGCUGGUUAAAAGAAGAACGUUAUUUUGUCCCGCUGCUUAAAGGACAUUCUGGUUGACAGUAUGCCCUUCAGAGAAAAUAACCAUUUGGUGCACAUCUCCAGCUCUUCUCUGUCACAUUGUAUUUGAUACCUGGCUGGGCAGUCUGUCUUUAAUGUUGGUUCACUGGGAAUAGCAGCAUGAGAUUUAAAGAUCUCUCUGGCUCGUAAGAACGAGGAGGGGGGAGGGUAAUAACUAUGUCGAGAUCAGAAGAUAAAUGAUCUCAGGAUCUCGACAUUUCAAACCGCUAUGUUGAGAUCACAAGACAUGUUCUCAAUCAACCCCCAUAUCUUACACACAAAAAAUCAUCUUCAUAUAGAACACUGUAGACAAGCAGCAACUGAUUAUUUUCCCUGCUUUAUCCCAGCCUAUUCAGACUAUCCCUUGUCCACCUGUCCUAUCCCCCAGGCUUUAGGAAUACUAUUGCUGCCUUAGUUUGUUAAUGUUUCUCAUAGUGCAAUAAUGUAGAGAUUUUAAAUAUGUUACAUUGCUAUACUGUUUACCUCAGAUAUGUCCUGAUGUAUAAAUUCACAAUUAGUUUUCCACCUGUGUAUGUGUGUAUAUAUAAUAUACACACACACAUAAAACGGUUAUACAGGGCUUUGUUUUGUUCCAGAUGUUGUGUAUGUUGUCCAGUGUUUUCUUUUAUUUGUUAAAGGUGUACUAUUUCCUUAGGUAAGAAUUAAAAUUAUAAUAUUUA